UCUGGCCUAUCAAGACUCGAAGCACGCGAACACUCUCACCCACUAUUGCGAAAAGUGCUGGCUGCUGUCGAAGCAAUGCAUCUGUCGCCUCCUGCGUCCUGUUCACGUUCAACACAACUACUUUAUUCUGUUGCACCACAAAGAAUAUUGGCGCGGAACGAACACCGGAAUUUUGCUUCCAAACUGCUGUCCAACUUCCAAACUGCUUGUUAUGGGCGUCGAGAAGGACGACGCCGAACUGGAAAGGCUUCUCGCCCAAGAACCGCAGAGGACCGUCAUUCUGUUCCCCUCGGUGGACUCCAUUUUCAUCAGAGAAUAUCUGGAGAGACACACCGAGAAACGGACCGAGCGCGUCCAAAAUGUCAAAUUAAACGUCAUUGUAAUAGACGCCACGUGGAACAAGGCCAGGGGACUGGCUGCGGCCCUGCCCAAACACAUCCCGAGGAUCCGCCUGGAAAGGCCACCGGCACACUCUUCAAGCAAGAUGAGGAAACAAGGAUGCGUCGGAAGAGUCACGACGGCAGAAGGACUAGCGUACUUGUUCAAAGAACUUCACGAGGACGCGUCGACCCAUCAGAACCUGUUGUACAACCUUCAGAUUCGGUGCAGGGCAAUCAACGCGUCGUCCGGCUCGAGUCACGGCCAGAGCGACUCGCCGGUGGAGGCAGAAUGAGCAGGCGAGCACCCUUCGGGUCUCUCGCCGCGCGAAAAGGACGGCAAGUUUUUGU